ACUUAGGCCCCCGCAGACCCGCAGUUUGGUGGUAUAUAGUCGACGGUCGUGCCCCCGAGUGUGUGUACAAAACCGUUCAACGACUUGUCCACUAGAGAUACGUUCGAUGCAAUCGAAUUCUGUCUCUGUCUCUCUCUCUCUCUUCUCGUUCUUUCUCGCGGUGUUAAUCUCGAUUUAAUACACGUUUUCUAACGGAUCUGAUGACCCUCUGAUUUUUUGAGUCGUUGGUUGCUGCAGCUUCAUCUUUCGUUUACUUGAUAUAUAUUGCACUUUAACUCCGUUCGACGAUGUUCGUGAAGGAUUUGACGAAGGACUUCUACCAGGUCGUCGCGGGCAAGCAAUGCCUGAUUCUGGUGAACUUCGACGUCGAUGGCAUCUGUGCGUCCAAGAUACUGCAGUCCCUGUUCAAGAACGAUAAUGUCGUUUACACACUGGUACCGGUGCAGGGUGUCAAAGACUUGAAAAGUGCAUACGACGACAACGCUGAGGAUAUCGAAUACGUUGUUCUGGUCAAUUGUGGUGGAAACAUUGACUUGAUUGAAAUACUCCAGCCGGAAGAGACUGUUACAUUUUUCAUUCUAGAUAGUCACAGACCGUAUGAUUUGAAAAAUGUUUACAAUGAAAAACAGAUUAAACUUCUUGGCGAUCCAACUUUGGAGGAAGCAAUUCCAGAAUACGAUGUUGUGUUCAAUGAUGAAUCGUCUGACGAGGAAGAUGAGGAAGAAUUUUCGGAUAAUGAAGAAGAAUCUGCACAAAAUAGAAGACUCCGACAGCAUGAAGCUAGAAUAAAUAAGAAAAUAAAGAGGCGUGAAUGGGAAGAAAAACGUGAAGAGGCAUUAUUUCACUAUGAACAAUUAAGCUACUAUGCCAAAUCUAGUGCUGUUAUAGCUUAUGAAAUGUCAUGGCAAAUGUCAAGAGAUAAUUUAGAUAUGGUGUGGUGGGCUAUCAUUGGAUCAACUGAACAAGCUAUUUUAAAUAAGGUAGAAUCUAGCACUAGUGUUCUAGAAAGUGGCAACUUACAAAGUCAUGUUUCAAGACUAACUCAUGCCAGAGGAGGUAAUAUUGAUAAACAACAACUAAGUGCAAUUAAAGUGACUUAUGACAAAGAUCUUCGAUUGGCUUUAUACCGUCAUUGGACUGUCGAAGAUAGUUUGAAGCACUCAUUGCCAACAGCUGUUGCAUUACGAUUGUGGUCAAUUAAAGGACAACAUAGAAUGAGAGAACUACUAGCUGAGAUGGGACUCCCACUGUGUCAAUCAAAACAAAAAUUUUCGUCCAUGGAUUUGACUCUUCGAAAUGAAUUCAAAGACAUGAUUGAAAAGCUCUCUGAUAAGUACAAAAUAAGAAGCAUUGUUAGUGGAGAUUUUACAAUGCAGUAUGGAUACAGAUUUAAAUACUGUGCUACUGAUAUUGUUUACGCUAUGUUAGCUAUAUUAGAAUCAACUGGCAGAGACAGACCUCCGCAACUUUGUUUUCUUGAGGCAUCAGACUGUUUAUCACGCAUGAAAAAAGAAAUACUUGAAAAAGGCAUUGAAAAAGCUAAAAUUAUGUUAGGAUAUGUUUUCAAAGCUGCUCAGAGCUUGUUGGAAUUGAAACAAGUUACAAAUGCUGGAAACUUUUUAUACGUAGUCAUUUCUGAAGGAAUGCUUCACCAUCAUUUAUUUGCUCAUCCGCAUAUGUUACUUAUGUUGGCUCAAUUCAUUUUGAGGGCUUAUGCAGAAUCAACAAGGAGUAGAAAAACUGCCACUCUUCCUCUUGUUGCUUCUGCAACAUUUAGCGAAGAAGAGGGUACAUGCCUAAUCGUUGGUGUACCACCAGUAUUGGAAGAGCAACCCAGAAGCUUCUUUGGCAAAGCCUUUUCCCAGGCAGCUGAAAACACUAAUUCUUUUAUUGAUCAAGACUAUUUUGACGUAACUAUGGCAAGAUUAAAAUCCGAAGAUCGACCGAAAUUCUUUGAUGCUUUAUCGGCAUUGUUACAAUAAAAAGAUAGACAAAUAUUGGAUUUAUACUGCAGGUCAGGAAUAUUUGUCUCUAAUUUCAUUACAGUAGGCGACGGAUAUCAAAGGAAAUUUUACCCAUAUAACAAUGACGCAAUUGAGACCAUAUUUAUUGAAAUGAAAAAGGAAAAAAAACAAACUGAAGUUAUCCUGCUUUCCGUAUAUCAUGAAUAUUUUAUGAAUUUACUAAUGGAUGGACUAAUUUAAUUAUAAAAUUAACAGGCGCGAGUCGCUUGAAGGUAAUCAAUGAUAUCACGUAAGCUUAAGAUGUUUUUAUUUUUAUAAGUAAUUCAUAGAAUAACUAAAUAAAUACUAAACAAACGCCGAUGCAUUAGUUUUUGUAUACUGUGAGUUUUUAAAAAAUUACUGCGUUGAAGCAACUAUUCAAAAAAGUUGUUGAAUAGUAAGGCGUUAAAAAAAGACAUUAAAAUUUGUCGUAAUUAUACUAAUCAUGUCGUCUUUUUGUUUUAAUCUACAACAAUGAACUUUGAAAUUAUAUUAUUAAUCAGGAAUCUAUUGUGUCAGAACUUAGUUUUUACUUAAUUAUCAAUUUUAUUCAAUCAAAAUUAUAAAAUAAUUUUACAUUCACAAUAAAGAGGCUGUUGUAUGGAAAUGCAAA